AUGUCGACUUCUAUCUCAAAGCCUGAAAUACUCCUCGUCGCCGGAUCAUGGCACACCCCAGCCCAAUAUGCAAAGUUUCGCGCUGUCCUCGAAUCUAAGGGCUUCACUGUACACAUCCCACGCUUACCAACCAUAAGCACCGCUCAACCCCCAACAGCAGACUUAACCACAGACACGGAUUUCAUCCGUAAAUACGUCACCAAGCUCGCUGAUGCUGGUCGCCAUGUAGUUGUGCUCAUGCACUCGACCGGCGGCCAAAGUGGCACCAACGCACUCAAGGGCCUAGGCACCGAAGCUCGUGUGCAAAAAGGUCUCCCUGGUGGUGUGACAAGACUAGUAUACAUUCUUGAACGGACUUAG